AUGCAGAACGGAUGGAUGAUUUCCUUCUCACCUUUCCUCUCAUACCCACUUAAGAUAUGUAUGUACUCGCAAAAGGCUGUAGGAGAAGCAACUAAUUUGGACUCCCUCACCCGGUCGGAUCAAUCCAUUGCCGGACGUGGUGAGAAACCCAUCGGCAUUGGAUCCACACCCGGACUGAUGCACCAGCGUUGGCGACUGGACCCGAGGGGCUGCAGUGCUGCCCUGGCCGGACCAUCGCCAAGCGACCCCGGCUACGACCUACAAUACAUGCCCUCCUCAUGUGAUAUGUAUAUGUACAUACGGCUCUACUACUUCAAAGUCCUCUUGGUGGUCCUCCUGCACCUUACCGUCCCUUGCGCCGCGAGCAAUCCUCGCUAUUUUCUCUGUGGGCAUGGGGAGUAUAAGUAUUGCGCAUACAAAGACUACUCAACUCAGCCAAUGAAAUAUAAGUUUGGCCCGGCCAGCCAAGUGACACGUGAGGGCAGGUCGACCUGCAGCGUCUCACAACUUCCUUCGAAAUCCAUAAUAGACGUGUGCUGCGAUAAUCCUGUGGGGUUACUUAAACCCAGGCGGUUCGGUACAGAAUUAACAGUCUCGGAUAACGACUACAAGAACAGAUUUAAAUGUCGCGAAGCUUCCCCUAACUGA